UCCCCAAAGCGGUGGAUGCCGGCAUUACCUCGCUCCUGUCACGUGCUUGACAGGGCCGUGUUGGGACUGGGCCGAGUCAUUCUGAUCUUCCGUGGGGUAUCGGGCAUAUGUCACUUUUUGAUGUUGAUUGCCGGUGAAGUGAGUAUACAGUCUGAUCGAAUCGCUGUAGCACGAUCAAUGAGAGAAGAUAUAUAUUAUGAGGACCAGAGCAUCAUGUAGAGCAUCUUAUUUAGGAUGCGGUAUGCAGAGCGGUGAAAGCACUUGCAACGC